AUGCCCACAUCAAAUAUGGCGGCCGCGGCAUCAGUUCCUGGUUAAAAGACAUUCGGCACCCAGUACAGAGGAGGAGACUCCCGGGUGCGGGCAGGAAGGACACGUGUACCGGGGAGAGUGUGUGCAGACUGGAGGAUGGCGAGAAAGAAGAAGGAGAAGCUGAGCGUUGCCCGGGAGAUAGAUGACACGGAGGAGCGGCUGGCUACGUGCAAGAACAAUCUGGAAGAUGUUGACUUCAAACUACGGAAACUUGAGCUGACUGUGGAAUUAAGAAAAUCUUUGGAGAAAGAGAAGAACUCUCUGACCAAUAAGAUGUCUUCUUAUGAGAAAGAUCUGAAAUCCCUGCGUCACGAGAAUCGUAAGAAUAUGCUAAUGUCUGUCGCCAUCUUCCUGGUUAUAGUGCUUGCAUAUUACUGCUGGACCAUGUGAUGGAAACGCGCUGCCUCGGCAGACACUCUAUCAUCUCCCUCCAUAAUACGUCCAGUGGAAGAUAAAGCAGUUAGUUUAUCUCCAUAACCUCUCUGGACUUACAGAUCUGAAUGCCAUGGGCACAGCAUUUCCAGGUGGCGGAUAUGCAUCGAUCGAGAGCUGGCGUCACCUUUCACUGCUAAGCUGAAAUAUAAUAAGAUGUGAUAAACAAGACUGAAUAUAAGAUUGAUUAGACUGAAGACUGCAACUCCCAUUGCGGCUAAAAGCAAAUCAAUCUACAAGGAAUAAGUACCAACACAGAAUCCAUCCCAUUAGAAGACAAUUGUUUGAAAUAAAUUCGACACAUGA